AUGCCAACUUUACUCUAUCUCCCAAACGAAAUCAUCUACAAAAUCGCGGACCAACUACCAAGCAGAGACGUAAACUCUCUCUGUCAAACAACACGCCCUCUCUACCAAUAUCUAAUCCGUCACCUCUACCGACGCAACAUAGUCGAAUCCCACAGCACGGCGUUAUUCUGGGCCGCGACGCACGGCUACACGUCCCUGGCGCAGGCCCUCCUCGAGGAGAAUGCAGACAUCCACACCACAGGGGGAUCCCUCACGGAAUCUGAAUCUGAUUUUCAGGCCCGAUAUGCUCGAUUAAGCGCCCAUGUACAGAGCCUAGUCGGUCGGGGGGAUGAUGAUCUGGAUAAAUUAUCGACUCCACUUAUCAUCGCGUCGGCGGUAGGACAUGUCGAGAUUGUGGACCUAUUCCUGCAUCACGGCGCGGAUCCUAACACUGUGAAUGGGGCUGGGCGCUCGGCGAUGGAUAUCGCUGCAAGGAAUGGGCAUAUGGAGACGAUGCGAGUUUUGCUGCGUUAUGGGGCCCGAGGGUGUCAUAAUUCCUCUUCCUCUGCUUCUACCUCGUAUGAUACGAUCCAUGUGGCGGCGGGAGGCGGCCAUCCCGGUGCUCUGCGAAUCUUGAUUGAGAACGGGGUCGAUCCAAACCGCAGGACGUACUGGGGAGAUACAGCGCUGAAAGUAGCGACGCGGUCUGGGCAUAUCGAUGCAGUUAAAACGUUGUUGGAUCUAGGUGUCGAGUUUAUGAAUCGUGAUAGGGAUAUGCACACGGCGCUGUAUGAAGCGGUUAAGAGAGACAACGUGCAGAUCGCGAGUCUCCUCCUCGACGCAGGGGAUGAAAUAGAGGGGAAAGACCGAUGGGGUCGAACGACGCUAACGUGUGCGGUCUGGUUCGGGAGUAUGGAUUCGGCGACGAUGCUUCUGGAUCGCGGGGCGCAGAUAGAGACGCGGGAUGAGAACAACUGCACGCCGCUGUGGUGGGCGUGUCGACGUGGGAAGACCGCGAUGGUGAAGAUGUUGCUUACGCGAGGGGCGAAUGUCGAGUUGGAUGAUCCGAGGGAUGCGAAUCGUACGACGCCGUUGGGGAUUGCGACUCGGCAGAGACAUGAUGAAAUCGUGAAUCUGCUGCUGGACUAUGGAGCUGAUGUGAAUCGAUGUGAUCGCGAGGGAAAGAGUCCCCUUUGGCAUGUCGUGGAGCAAGGGAACGAGACGAUGGCUCGGAAGUUGCUGGCAAGGGGAGCUGAUCCGCAUCUGAAGACGCAACAUUCGCCGCUGGUGUAUCGCGCGGUGCAGAAGAACGAAACUGCGAUGGUGAGACUGUUGCUGGAGAAUGGGGCAGACGCCAACGCGGUGGGCAGACUGCGCAAGUUCAAGCUCGUGCCGGUGCUUGCAUGGGCUCUCAAUAUGGGAUACGAGGAAAUCGUCCACGCGUUGCUCGAUGCAGGCGCGGAUCCGAAUACCAGAGCAUACAGAAGAGCGAUGCCGGUUCUGACGGGAGCCAUUAUCAAGUCGCCACGGGUCUAUACGCGACUGCUGCUGGAGAAGGGAGCAGAUCCGAAUCUUGCCGAUCGCUACGGAAAUACGCCGUUGUUUAUUGCCAUGGCCAAGGGCUCCCCGGAGGAGAUGAGACAGUUGCUGGAAUACGGCGCCAAUCCGCACGAGAAGAGAAAUGGGCGAACUUUGCGGCGCUGGGCCGUCGACAGAGCAGAUGAGGCUGUAGAAUCAGUGCUGGUUGAAUACGGGGCAUGA